AUGUAUCGUGAUCCCAACAUCUCCACGGAAGACCACGCAAAUAUCUACAAGACUGACUUGGAGCGCAUCAGCACUACUGUUGACGUCCCUGCAGCUCUCCGCAAGGUUGCAGCAGGUCUGGUGACGCAUUUCAUACAUGAUGUUUUUGUGAACACGUUUGCAGAGUUGACCGAUGGAUUCGCAGAAAAAAAUGCAAAUCAAGGCAUGCGAAACAUGUUUUUGAAGGUUGCCAGCAACCUUGGUACUGGAAAUGCGCCAAGCUUUUUGUCUUCCACGUCGGCGUCAACAGCAGGUAUCCACGCGGCAGAUAUCUAUCCAUACACAGCCGAUGUCCCUGCAUCCCGCAGGUCAAGCCUGUCGUUGGGUGAUGGCCUGGAGGUGAAGCUGCACGUGAAUCCUGCCUCCUUUCUUGUCCACCAAUACAUUCUCAACGAGCACAAUGUGGGCCAGAUCUUCCAUCGAUAUCAGGUUGCUGCCUCCAAAACUGUCAACAACUUAGAUAUCUCGGUCAGCCUUAAAAACAUCUCCCACUUCAUGUCCAUGAACUAUAUUCUGACCACGACUGAGGAACUCGAGGGCUUUCCCACACAGAUGCUAGAGGAUAUCCGUGAAAGAUUUGUUUGGAACAGUUCUCGCCUCGACAAACCAACUGUAGAGCUCUGUGGAAGGUUGGAUCAACAACUUGCACUUGGUGACAAUAUUCAUGACGACACAGAGGAGCCCGACUUGCGACGCAUCGUUGUGCUUUAUCAAAUGGUGGCCCUGAAACUUCCUCUGGGCUUUGACCUAUUUGACAAUGGCCUAGAGGACACAUAUUGCCACCAAACAAUCGAUGCCCUAUUUGCCUACCAGUUUCCCGCGCGCUCCAGAAAGUUCUGUAUUGACUGGGCCAAUGGUGAGGCUCAUGGAUCAAAAAAACGGCGUGGUCAUGGAUACAGACCUGAUGCUGCGCUCAUUCGCAAUGGCAAACAGAUCGGCUUUCUGGAGGUAAAACCCCCAGGCAGUAGUCAUACUGCAAGGGAGUACCUGCAGGAUUACUGGAACCUGGCGAACUUCUCUAAAGAUGCCAUCGACGACUUUCUUCAACGAGGCACUCGAAUUGCCAAAGUGGCAGCAGUCCAAUUGUUCAAACACCGCCUUAGUCUGUACACCAUGGAAUAUGUCAAUGGACUGUACCACUGGUCGCUCUCCUGCGUGGCAUACCUCCCUCGCGAUCAACAGGAUUCUGGCCUGGCAUCGUGUAUUCGACUGCUCAACGCAUUUGAGAUGUUUUUGGAUACAAUCGAUACCAAUCCGCUGCCGGGAACGCCUCCCAGGGUCCAGUAUGAUGAAGAAGGCGUCCAGCCAGAUUGGGGCCGACCAUCCAAGAUUACACCUAGCAAGCGAAGGAACAUGUUCUAA